GUGUGUGUUUGUGAGAGUGAAUGUGAAUGUGAAUGUGAAUGUGAAUGUGAGGGUGAGUGUGCUAGUACACGUGUGUCUCUUAUAUAUAUAUAUAUAUAUAUAUAUAUAUGUAUGUGUGUGUGUGUAUCAGAGGAGUUUUGGAGCGAGUGUCCUGGACAUCCUUUCGGAAUAUUGACAUCUUUCCAGUGAGCGGAUUUAACUUUGAUUGAAGCAGUAACACACUUCUGAUAGCGGUGAUGGCUGUACAAGCUAGCCUGCAGGCUUGGUUUGGAGAAAAGUUUGAGUCACCACUGCAAAGCCCCUGCACACCCCUGUCUUCUCGGCAUGGCCCUGGCCUCACAGAUGUUUUUCAGUAUGAUCAGUGGCUUGCUAUACGACAUGAAGCUUCACUUUUUCCCAUGCAGGAGGACCUUGCCAUUUGGCUAUCUGGCAUGUUGGGUGAAGAGAUAAGAGCCGAGCACUUUAUGGAGGAGCUAAGCAAUGGAGUCAAGCUCUGUCGACUUGUUGAAAUUCUGCAAAGCAAAAUUCCACAGGACUGCCUUUUGGACAAAAAGCAGUUUCCUAAGAAGAAAGUUGCCUUUAAGAAAGACGCGUCUCCUGGGUCAUUUUUUGCACGGGACAACACGGCAAACUUUCUGUCGUGGUGCCAUCAAAUUGGAGUAGACGAGACGUAUUUGUUCGAGUCAGAGGGCUUGGUUCUUCACAAGGACCCUCGCCAAGUUUGCCUCUGUUUACUGGAGCUUGGACGCAUCAUUUCUAGGUAUGGUGUUGAACCUCCUGUUUUGGUAAAACUGGAAAAAGAGAUUGAUUUAGAAGAGUCUCUUCUGAUGGCAGGAGAUCCUGCCCCUCCGGUCAAAACCUUUACUGUGUGCUGUCACCAUGGAGGCCUGUACCAUGCUGACCAGACUGAUUCUGACGACCCUCCCUGUAAUUGCUCUCAAAAAUUUUCUAUCGAGUACCUGGCAGAGGGCCGGUACAGAUUAGGGGAUAAGAUCCUCUUUAUUAGGAUGCUGCAUGGGAAACAUGUAAUGGUUCGUGUAGGUGGUGGAUGGGACACACUAAAGGGUUUUCUACUGAAGUACGACCCUGGUCGUGUGCUGCAGUUCACCACUCUGGAGCAGAAGAUUUUGGCAUAUCAGAAAGGCACGUCUGUACCAGACUCCAUCCUCAAUGCUCAGGCUGCCCAACCACCCACCAUGGAUCCCCUCGCUGCUGUAAACCUCCCUCCACCUUCUUCUGCCUCCUCCUCCUCUGCCUCAUCCUCCCUGUCUUCUAUUCCUUCUUCCAAACCCGGUACACCUGCCUCUGGCGCGGUCACGCCACGAGGCAUUGCCCGGUCUCCAGCCUCUACCCCUUCUCUACCACAGAAAGCAGCAGUCCCCAAGAGGAAGCUUCAGGUGUCCAACCCCUCUCCCAGGACCCAAACAAAUCCCUCUCCUAUUCCUCGUGCUUCUCCACCUGUCUCAGUUUCCCACAAAGCUCCUCUUAUAUCUUUAAACCUUAAGCAGCGUCCGCGUGGCUCUCCAUCUCAGCCACGCAGCCCAGUGUGCCCAGAGCCCAACUGCAAACAGCCUAAGCCUUCUACCACUCCAGUAAGAGCUCAAAAAGUUUGUCAGCGAGACGGCCGGCCACCUCGAGCCCCUAUUCACUCUCGUCUUGCUCCAAGGCGCCCCUCCUCCCCUGGAGCUUUGCGUCUUCAAAGGGAUGCUAGAAAAGGGCGACCAGUUUCACCUCGACCAGCAGGUCUGGUGAGAACUGCUCGAGAGACCAAACCCUUAGCGAAAAGCCAACAAGCCUCCAAAAAUGUGCUUGCAAAAACACAACAGGACAAAAAAACACUGAUUGCAAAAACUCCAGUACAGUCCAAUCCCUCACUUGCAAAAACUCCAGUACAGUCCAAUCCCUCACUUGCAAAAACUCCAUUACAGUCCAACCCCUCACUUGCAAAAACUCCAUUACAGUCCAAUCCCACACUUGCAAAAACUCCAUUACAGUCCAAUCCCUCACUUGCAAAAACACCAGGACAGUCCAAUCCCUCACUUGCAAAAACUCCACGAGAGGUCAAGCCCAUGCUCGCAAAAUCUCCAAAAGAAAAGCACUCACAAGCAAAAGCUUCACAAGAGGUCAAGCCUAAGCUAGCAAAAACUCCACAAGUGGAGGCCAAACCCUCACUAGCAAAAACACCUCGAGAGGUCAAACCAUCAGCAGCAAGUACCAGUUCCAGAGCUCAAACUCCCUCUUCUCAAGCCUCAAAAACGUCCCAUGCAAUGAGAAACAAAUGCCCAGCAGGACAGUCCAUUGUGGGGACAGGAGUUUCCCAGGCUACACGACAACCCAGCUCAAAAUCUGCUCAAUCGACACACAGUUCAAACAGAAAAGUGCAAAUCAGCAGUACUAGACCACUUAAACCCAACACCACUCAGAACAAAGUGGUCAAAUCAACAUCAAGCUCUACUAACCAGAAACAAAUAAAGCGGAUUGCACCACCCAAAAGAGCAGAAGAGCCCUACUUUGAGAUGAACAGUAAGAAAAAACAGCCGAAGAACUCUAAUUGAUGUACUUGUGGUUUUGGAAUCUGAUUGUUUUUCUAGGUGUAGCACUUUAGGUUACAGGUCUGAGGGAUCAGACUUGUGGGACGGUUUCCUAAAUGUUUGAAUUGUUAGUUAUUUAUGCAUUAUUUUUAUUUGUGUCCUAUAAAAAGGGUCAAGAGAACACCUCUGGUCUAUUUUAAAUAAAAUGACUGUUCGUUUCUCCCCUAAUCUUUAGUCACAGAGAGCGGUCUUUGUUCCACUCUAAAUGUAAUCCAAAUAAAUUUUAUAAGUUAUUAAUACAGCCCAUUGUUCUCAUCUCACUGUUUUACAUGAUAUUACACAGGUUUUUAGAUUUGUAUAAUCAUUAUGACGCAAUAUUCAGAAGAACAGUCAGAAACUGUACUCCUGUAUAUAUUCCUGUUGAAUUUAAAAGCAAUAAUGUUUAAAGAAACAAAUAAAUAAUAACAAAUAAUACAUAUGCACAUAUACACUC